UUGCGAAUUUGAAGAAAAACAAUCUUUAUCAUAACCUGUGACUGUGAGUUGUGAGGAUGCCGAAAUUUUAGUCUAGAGAAUGACCUCCCGAGUAUCUAAUAUGAAACUAUGUACCAUACACACCAACUCACCAGAUAAUCUCAAUACCUUAUUUGUUGCUCAUCAUCCUAAACAUCCAUGUCCUUCGAGAGUUGAAUAUUAAUCUUCAGUUUCUUUACAUGAAAAUACGCAAAAUCUUAUGAGAUUAUUGUUUGAAGACGGUGCAGGUAGUUAAAUUUCUAUAAGAUAAAAUCGGUUUUCUUUUGACAUUUAUCAAAUUUUUAUUACGAAAAUAAUUACUAUCUUAAAGCAAAACAAUGAUGUAUAUCCAGAAAAAAAAAAAAUCGAUCAUCAAAUUAACUCAUUUCCAGUCAAAUUUUUUUUCUUCAUUUUGGAUGAACAAAAAAUUUCUUUUUACUUGACAAAUGAUUCUUAGGCUUAGCCCAAAUUUUUUUUUUUUUUUCAUCCGUUGGAUAAAAAGAGUGGAAAUUAACAAGCAAGCGGGUGCUCGGUAAGGUUCGCUACGCUUGCCCGCACCACAUCAACAUUCCUUCUCUCAAGUCAAUACACGCCCCAAAGCCUGAUCGGAGAGCAGCGUCACUCCGACUGAAAACCAAAACUCGGCAGAGACUCAGGAUAUUAAAAAAAAAAAAAACCCCCUCAAUCGGUGGAGAUGAUCGUCUGCGUCGCCGUCGUCGGCCAUCAGAACAAUCCUCUGUACAUCCAGAGCUUCACGGAGGCCGACGAUGCGCUGAAGCUCCAUCACAUCGUCCACUGCUCCCUCGACGUCGUCGAUGAGCGAGUGAAUAACCCGAAGAAAUCGGGGCCGACUCUGAACGAAACGUUUCUAGGAUUGCUGUAUCCAACUGAGAAUUACAAAGUGUAUGGAUAUCUGACUAACACAAAGGUGAAGUUCAUCUUGGUGACGACGGAUUUAGACGUCAGAGAUGUGGAUGUGAGAAAUUUUUUCCGGAGGUUCCAUGCUGCAUAUGUCGACGCAGUCUCAAACCCCUUCCACGUACCGGGUAAAAAGAUCACAUCGAGGACUUUCGCAGAGAGAGUUAGCAACAUUGUCAAGUCAUUUGGGCUGAGCUCAACUGGUUGAUUGUAUAUUCAGGAAGCUUUGAUGAAACAAGUUGACACUUAAGUGUAAUCUUGCUCCUUCAUUUCGUUGUCCUGGAUUUUGCUACAAUUUUUGAAAUCUGAAUUUUUGUACCAAAGAAAUAGUUGAUAUAUGA